AUGGCGGACAGAAGAUCACAAGGAACCAGUGUCUGCCUUACAGUGCUGAGCAUCAUGGCCGCCUGCCAGGCCGUCCCGGUCAGCGACCUCCUGGACCGGGCGUCCCAACGCUCUGACACCCUGCACUCCAUCAGCACCUCGCUCACCCACCACAUGGACAGUCACCUGCCCUCCGGGGGACGUCUGCUGAUGCCCCGCCCCAACAUGUGCCACACCUCGUCCCUACAGACGCCCAACGACAAGGAGCAGACUCUGAGCGUGAGCGAGGCGGAGCUGAUGUCCCUGGCCCGCUCGCUGCUCCAGGCCUGGGUCCACCCGCUGCUGAUCCUGUCCCAGGAGUCACGCUCGCUUCCCGCCGCCGCCCAGGGCCUGGUGUCCACCCGGCUGCUGGAGCUGCUGGACCACGCCUCCAGCCUGCAGGACGGCCUGGACGUCCUCUCCAGCAAGAUGGGCCCCGCCUCCCAGUACCUGUCCUACCUGCCCUACCACGGGGGGCCCAACCUGGGCGAGGACAACCCCUCCAAGCUCGUCAACUUCCACUUCCUGCUGUCGUGCUUCCGCCGCGACUCCCACAAGAUCGACAGCUUCCUGAAGGUCCUGCGCUGCAGGGCGGCCAAGUCCAGACCCGAGUCCUGCUAG